AAUGUCAUUCAUAAAAACUACCUCUUUGAUUUUAAUGAUGAUGAUGAUGGUUGUGGUUUUGGCAUUAGAACCAUGGAUUUAAGCUUAAACGAUUUUCUUCUGUUUUUGUUAUGACUUGUUGGCAAUGCUGAUGUAUAUGCGUGUGUGUGUUUAUGUGCGUUUGUUGACGAUCAAAAUGAACAACAACAAAUCACGAAACUAAACGAGCCGAAUCAAAUGUGAAUGUAAAAUAAAAUCUCAUAUAUGAUAUAAAAAUCAUCAUAUCUCAAUAAAUUACGGUAAUAUUUAAAAAAAAAAAUAAUAAAUGAUUUGUCCUCUUGUCAUCACAGUAUAUAAAAUGUCGCCAUAAAAUUUUUUAAUGAAUAAUGUCAAUACACACAUCGGUCGCCAAAUCAACAAAACACAUCAACAAUAAUAAGAAUUAUGAUAACAAACACAUUCUACAAGUCUAAAACAUUCAUUUCCAAUCCAAUACCAUCAUCACCAUUACCAACAACAAUUCGAUUAGAAAUUGCUAUCAUAAUCAACCGUUUCAAUGAUCUAAACAACAACGAUAAAAACGAGAAAAGAAAAGAGAAAAAUUGACACAGCUUAUUUGCUGUUUUUUUAUUAACUUCUUCUUAUUGUAUUACUUGUAAGCCAUUAUCUAUUUAUAUUGGAUCCAGAUUAUUGUCGCAUUGAAGUAUAGAUGAUGUUUUUGUUGAUGAUGAUGGUGAAAAUAUUAAGGUUGUGAACAUUUUAUUCUUUUUCCUACAACGAAACGCAUCUAUCUAUCCAUCCGAAUUUUUUUUUAUAUUCUUGUAUCUUUCUCACUCUCAUUAUCAUCAUCAUCAUCAUCAUCAUCACUAGUCGAUUUCAUAAUUCAAUAAUUUAUUAUUCAUCAUCUAUAUUAAUACAUGGAUCAAAUUGAUGGUUAUUAAUUUAAACAAAUUAAAUUUUUGAUACAAUAAUGAAUAAUGAUAAUAAUAAUAAUGUAAACGUUUCUCGUAAACGUUUUACACAAUUAAAAAAUCCUGAUAGAAUCAUUCGUAAAUCAGCGAAUACAAAGAUUAAUGAAACAUCAUCACGAUCAUAUGGUACAAAUGGUAAUAAUUGUCAAGAAAAAGAUUUGAUUAAAAUAGUCGUUAUCGGUGAAUCUGGUUCGGGAAAAUCAAAUCUUAUUCAACGUUUAGUGAAUGAUCGUUUUGAUGAACGUUCACCAUCAACAAUCGGUAUCGAUUUUGCACUAUUUGAAUUUGAAUCAAAUUCAUUAUAUGAUUCGAAACAAAAUCAAACGUAUCAUGCACAAAUAUGGGAUACUGCCGGAAUGGAAAGAUAUCGAUCAUCAAUAACGAAAAUAUUUUAUCGUGAUGUAAAUGGUGCUUUACUUGUAUUCGAUCUAACUAGACGUGAUCAUUUUCAGGCAUUACCGCGAUGGUUACAAGAAAUUCGCAGUAAUGUACAUAAACACCAGACAGAUCAUUAUGAUGAUGAUGAUGGUGGUGGUGGCGAUAGCGAUUGUGGUGGUGAUAACGGUGAUAUACCAAUCAUAUUGGUAGGCAAUAAAAUUGAUCUAUUCCAAGCACGUGAAAUUGAUCGUAAUGAAGCGAUAAAAUUUGCUCAAAAAUAUCAUCUUGCUAGCUAUGUAGAAACAUCGGCAAAAAAUUCUACAAACGUACGUGAAGCAUUUCAACAAUUAUUUGGUAAUAUUUUAGAACAAAAGCAGCUACAUUAUUAUCGGCAACAACAAAAACAACAACAACAACAACAGAAUGCAGCUAAAAAUUCUAGAUCAAAAUAUUCAACAAAAUCUAAAUCACAGCAACAAAAAUCUCUUAUACAUCAAAGUUCGAUACGAUUAACACGUGAUCCAAAUUAUCUUGAACAACGAGCUAGAAAUAAGGAGAAGAAAAAAUCUGGUUGUAGUUGUUGAUCAAAAGAAACAAAAUUGUAAUUUAUUUAUAUUCUAUUUAUUUAAUUUGUUAUUAAUUUUCGUUUUUUUUAUUUGAAAAAAUUUAUUCUUUUUUUUCAAAGGCAUUGUUCACAUAACAUCAUUGUCAUAAUUGCACACAUUCAUCAUUAUAAUAUUAUUUCAAAAUAUUUUUAAAUAAAAAUACAAUAAUAAUAAUAAUAA